CUCUUUAUUCCAGAUGAACCCCAGUUUUCAUGCAAGACCCAAACACCACCAGACCGAGUCCAAUGAUUUGCUGAAGUUUUCAAACUAACCCAAGUGCACACACACACACACACACACAUGUGAGGGCCUGAAACACAUCUGCAGCAGUAUAUUAGAGUUAUCUGACUGAGGACUGGAGCUCCAGACUCCAGCCUGGAUGGAUCAGUGGCUCCAGAGGACAUCGUCUCUAUUAAAGCUGAGGCUGUUUUUGCAUUGACUUGUGCAAGGGUUGCAAUUACCAAACUGGAAUAAUGUCCUUGGAGUGGAGCGGAGGCUUGUUUGUGAUGCUCAUCCUGAGGCUCAGCUGUUGUGCUGGACAGAGCUAUGAACGCUGGGAAGCCGGAUCCUCGUGCUACGGAGGCUUUGACCUCUACUUUGUGCUGGACAAGUCUGGAAGUGUGCAGCACCACUGGAAUGAGAUCUACUACUUCGUCGAUCACCUCGCACACAAGUUCAUCAGUCCACAGCUCCGCAUGUCCUUCAUCGUCUUUUCAACGGAGGGACGAAUUCUGAUGGAACUGACAGAAGACAGGGAUCAGAUUCGUGCUGGGCUGGAGGAACUUCAGCGAGUCCUACCAGGUGGAGACACCUUUAUGCACAAAGGUUUUCAGAAGGCAAGUCAGCAGAUUUACUAUGGAACAGGUGAUGGAUACCGCACGGCGAGCGUCAUCAUUGCUCUGACAGAUGGAGAACUUCGCGAGAAUGAAUUUGACUUGGCAGCCAGAGAGGCCGGCCGCUCGCGUCAGCUCGGAGCUUCUGUCUACUGUGUCGGAGUGAAGGACUUUAAUGAAACCCAGCUGGCAACAAUAGCUGAUAGCAAAGAUCACGUCUUCCCGGUAAAUGAUGGCUUUGAAGCGCUGCAAGGGGUCAUUGAUUCAAUUCUGAAGAGAUCCUGCAUAGAGAUCCUCGCCGUGGAGCCUUCCAGUAUUUGUGCCGGAGAAUCCUUUGAGGUGGUGGUUCGUGGAAACGGAUUUCUUCACGCCCGUGAUGUAAACCGAAUCCUCUGCAGCUUCCGAAUCAACAACACCCUCACCGUGAUGAAGAGGCCUCUGCUAGUGGAGGACACGUACCUGCUCUGCCCAGCGCCUGUACUGGAGGAGGAGGGAACGUCUGCCUCCCUCCAUGUCAGUAUGAACAACGGCCUGAGUUUUAUCUCCAGCUCUGUGACCAUCUCGACCGUCCGCUGUACGGACGGGACGUUUUUGGCCAUCGCUCUGCUGAUCCUGCUGCUGCUGAUCGCUGUGGCGGCUCUCUGGUGGUUUUGGCCGCUCUGUUGCACUGUGAUCGUUCGUGAGCCGCCGCCGCCACCCGUGAUGGAUGACGAUUCGGACGAAGAGGACGAAGGCUACCCGAAGAAGAAGUGGCCGACGGUGGACGCCUCGUAUUACGGUGGGAGAGGAGUCGGUGGCAUCAAAAGGAUGGAGGUGCGCUGGGGAGAUAAGGGAUCCACUGAUGAAGGAGCCAAACUGGAGAAGGCUAAGAAUGCUCGGGUGAAGAUGCCAGAGGAAGAGUUUGAGUUUCCCACCACACGAACCCUAAACAACGGCAUGAGGAAACCCAUCUCCCCGCAGAAGUGGUACUCUCCAAUCAAGGGAAAGCUUGACGCUCUGUGGGUUUGGCUCAGGAGAGGAUAUGAUCGUGUGUCUGUGAUGAGACCUCAGCCUGGAGAGAAGGGUCGCUGUAUGAAAUUGACCCGUGUGAAAUCCUGCCCGCCUCCUCGAUACCCGCACUACAACAACCCGUCCAGCCCCAUCUACAGCCUGCCCCACAGCAGAUGCCCUCCUGUACCACAGGGUACACUCCCGCCCACUCCACGCUGCUCCGCCUACUCUCCAAACUCGAUCCUGCCUCCUCUUCCAUUGACUCCACCCCCAGACUCCAUAACCCCGCCUCCUUACACUCCUCCUCCAACCAGAGCUCUUCCACCUGCCUGUCUGAGCAUCAGUGUGACUCUGCCUCCACCCUCAUCGCCUUUGUCUCAGCCCCCUGAUGAGGGUCCACACGCAAGAGCUCCGCCCCCUUCCCGCCCACCGCCACGGCCAGGUCCCGAUGAACCACACUACUACCAGGACUGAGUAGAGAUUUGCACAAUAAAAGCUGCUGCCGGCGAAAUCUAAAGCGACAUUGUCCAGCCAUUAGAAAGUUGCAAUUGUUACUGUUGAUAAUGGCUGCCGAUGGGAUUGUGACUGUGUUAUUGCACAUUUGAUUCUGAUUGGUCGAGAAACAUUUUAAGGUGUUUAUUUCCUUAAAUCGCAUGUCUAAGAC